AGCACUGUCGCUGUUUUUGUUUACCUGUUCGGCUAUAGAGCUCGUCGUGUUAUUUCAAUUUUGACCGUCAACAUAAAAACAAUAAUUAAGUCAUGAGCGCCGAAUUAUCGGGGUUUCGGCGUUUUUUACAUUGGGGUCCAAUAACCGCUCUGAGCAUCAUUAAAUGCGUAACUCUGACCACGCUCUAUAUGAACUCGAUGUGGUGGCCACCAAAUGAAUCUUUCGCAGCGUUCGCACAUCAGGCGCUCUUCCUGCUGCUCUCCACGCUGGCCACAUUCAAUUACAUCAUGGCCACGCUGACAGGUCCGGGUCUGCUGCCGAAACAAUGGCAGCCAAAGGACCCCAAGGACACGGAAUGGUUGCAGUACUGCAAGGAAUGUGAGGGCUACAAGGCACCGCGAUCGCAUCACUGUCGCAAAUGCAAUCGAUGCGUAAAGAAAAUGGAUCAUCACUGCCCAUGGAUCAAUCAUUGUGUUGGCUGGGCUAACCACGCUUACUUUAGCUACUUUCUGCUCUUCUCUAUACUGGGCAGUCUGCAUGGCUCAGUGGUACUUAGCUGUUCCUUUUAUCGCGGCAUCCACCGCUAUUACUACCUGACCCACGGGCAGGCGCAUUUGGCCAGCGUACAGUUCACAGUCACCAGCAUUGUCAUGUGCAUUCUGGGGAUGGGCCUGGCUAUUGGCGUUGUCAUUGGACUGAGCAUGUUGCUCUAUAUUCAACUAAAGACUAUUGUCACAAACCAAACGGGUAUUGAGAUUUGGAUUGUGGAGAAGGCAAUCUAUCGCCGAUAUAAGGCGGCGACCUAUGAUCCCUUUGUCUAUCCAUACGAUUUGGGAUGGCGGCUUAAUCUGCGCCAGGUGUUUAACGAGGAGUGCCAAAAAUACGGCGAGGGCAUUGAAUGGCCCGUCGUCGAGGGCUGCGAUCAAUACACGCUGACCCGCGAGCAACUGGCACAAAAGGAGGAGAAACGUGCGCGGACACGCGUCUACAAAUGCAUAAGCCCGGUAACGGGCCGCUGGCUGCCGAUCUUCUCACAGGGCUGGCGAGUGUGUGUCAACGCACCCUGCACAGACGAGCCACGCAUUCGCCUACAGCCCGACGAUAUAAUCAGGGUGACGCGUUUCCGCCGGCACUGGUUAUUCGGCGAGCGUGUGCCCCCCGAACAGGAGUAUACCCGCAUGCAGGAGAAGCGUCAGCGCAAGGUUUCCAUGCGUGGCUGGUUUCCGCGUCGCAGUGUCGUUGCGAUCACUGAAGUGCCGGAUUCCGAAAGCAGCGAAGAUAUAAAACCCGUCAAGUCGACGUCUAGCAAUGGACACACUCAUGGAAAACAACAGCAACGCAAUGGUCACACCAAGAAGUACAUGUAGUUCCCAAAAAAGCGAUUAGGCUGGGAGCAUGCCGAGGCAACUUCAAUUACAACAUGUAAAAUGGUUGCUGUUCGGCUUGUGAAUAGCAAUAUAAAUUCUUUUAAAUGGCUCGAAUUCGAUAUGUAAUUUCAGGCUUACAUUGUUAGCUGUUUGCACUGUUAGCUGAAA